CCAGUUUCACGUUGCUAGGGGGCGUGGACAAAUGUUUUCAUGCUACAGCGACCCCUACCUGUCACACACGAUGGUUCUCUUGGAGUAAACUACAGAAUCCGAUUGCAAGGAGGAGGGUAAUGAUGCUGUCAACGGCUUAUUUCCAAGAGCUAUCAAUUCUGCACGAAUUAAACGAUGUAGCGCCGGAGAGUAACAUUUCAAAUCAUUGUCUUAUUGCAUAUUACUACCACUGUAGCCUAUUCUAAAUGGCGACCGAUUUGACAGAACAAGCCGUGCUCGAGUUCAUAGCAAAGAGAGGAGGGGUGGUCAAACAUAUGGACCUUAUUGAUCAUUUUGAAUCAGUAUGGGAAAUUGAUCCGUCAAAGAAAACACUGUUCCGUGACCGGUUGAAUCAUCAUGUCGACAACCUUGCUUUUGUGAAGAUGGAGGGUAGAUUGAAGCUCGUGUGCUUGAAUGAGAGCAGCACUAAGGGCUCAGUGGUGCGCACAGAACCUGGCGACGAAGAUGGAGAGUGUAACCGCAACUGCGUGUGUGACGGGAACAGCACGGGACAACGGGAUGAGAACGGCGGUGUUCACCGAGACGAUAACGGAAUUUCUAGUGCUAAAUGUGAUUUAUCUGAAAAAGACUCAAAAACACCUGAUACCAUAUCUAGUUUUAAAAAUGUCUCUGAAUCAAACAGUAAUAGUCAUGACCCAUGCAGGCCAGUUGAAGCUGCCCUUACUCACGAUAAAGCGAGUGAUAGCUUUUCAGGUGGAGAGGUGAAGCUGAGAGACCGGAGGAGGAGAGAGUCAGCACCAGCGCUAGGGACUGACUCAGUUAUUUUAGCUGGCCAUAUUCAAGUAAGGGGAAGUAGGAGGACCUCUCGGGGAUCCCAGAGGGCUCUGUUGUCCAGCGCUCUGUCUGAGGACGCAGGGUGGGAGGGGUUGGACCUAGACGCAAAUACCCCGAAGGGCAGCCGCAGGAACUUCAUAGAGCUGAUGAUGAGCAGCUCCCCACAGGUACGCCGUUCUCUUAUAAACCGCGGCUCUCGUCCCAGAGACUCUGUGAGGAGCGAUGGUGACUCCACUUCCCUAGUGUCAUCAGCCGAUGGGGACUGUGUCUCGAUAGCACUGGACCCCCUGGAACAUGAGUGGAUGCUGUGUGCCUCAGAAGGCCAGUGGGACAGACUGUAUCCCCUGCUAAUCCUGGAGCCCAGUCUACUGGUGAAGAGGGACUUUGUGACAGGCUUCUCCUGCCUUCACUGGGCUGCCAAGCAGGGGAAGGAGGAGCUGCUGACACAGCUACUGGAGCACGCCAAGCAGACCAACAUUCCUGUGGAUGUUAACGUGCGCUCCAGUGCGGGGUACACACCCCUUCACCUUGCUGCUAUGCAUAGACACACACAGGUGGUGAAUGUGCUGGUAGAGGAGUGGUCUGCAGACCCCGAGGCCAGAGACUACAGUGGGAGGAGAGCUGUCCAGUACCUCCCUCCAGGGUUCUCCAUUACUGCAGCUCUGGAGCAAGGGGGUGGGUCCAGCCCUAUAGGAGGAGGAGACUCAGACACAGAGAACGCCAACAGCAGGGCGCAAGGGGGGCGUUGGAGAUUACCCAGAGUUCUUCAGUCCAACCUGAACCCUCUGAAGCUGCUGAACGGACCGGAAGAGCCGGGUGAGAGAGGCGCGGCAGGAAGCAGCAAAGCUUUUCAGAGGAAGUCGUCUUUGAGUCGGAUUAAUGCACGGCUCAGUCGAGGACGCCACAAGACCCAGAUUAUCCACAGCACAUCCUUCAGAGGAACAGGGGAGGAAGGGGAGGUCAGCCCCGUCAAACCCAGACCAAUGUCUAAUUUAUUUGGAUAACUCACUACCCUGAUAGAAUCCCAGCACAUUUGCCCUAGUCCCAACGUAACCGGGUCAUCCGGUUACCAGUUAUCCUCAACAUAGUUUCUCCUUAAAAGCAGAUGCUGGAAUUCCAAUCAGAUGUCCCAUGAAGAAAAAAAAUGUUAAUAUAGUUUUGGGAUGUAUUUGACAUGUGAUAUAUAUAUUUUUGCAAAGGAUGUACCUUUUUAUUAAUUUAGAACUGAAUAAAAAAAAUUGUUUAUUAGGAAUGCAUACAUUACAUACAUAACAUUAUUUGUCCAAUUUUCUAUAUUUCACAUGUAUUUUACAUAUUUUCUCCCAAUGGUCUUUCUUUUAGACUAUUAUGUGAAGAACAAUUUCAUAAGUGAAGUAUGGAUUAAGGGCAUCAUUUGCUAAAUCCUGAACCAUCCCUUUAAUGGUGCUACUUACAAUAAUGACCUCUGCAAUAAGCUAACAAUGUGAAUACUUUCCUUUUGUAUUUACCAAUUAUUGAAUAUAUUUAAUAGAAUUAUUUAUCAUCUGAUAUUAUUUAAAGGUAAUUUAAACUAACCUCUGAACUUCAACAAUUUUGAUUGUAACUGCUAUUGUCACUUUUAAGGUUCAACUAUAAAUUAUAUUUUUAUUACAUGGAAAUAUAAAAUAGGUAAAUGUUUUACAUGCAGUAACCUAUGAACAUUAAAAAUGACAUUCUAUAGAUGUGUAUAGAACUAAAAUGCUCAGGAGUUCAAAAAAGGUAAUAGAUUCCAUAAUAUAGAAAAAAUAGGUCCACUGGUUUUUCUCCGAAUGUAAAAAAUCCAUACCUGCAGUUCUGUAGUUAAUGAACAAGGCAUAUGUCUGCUGCCCGUUCCACAGCCCCUUGUUAAUAAAGACACAAAUUGUUUCACAACAAUACAAUCAAGGAAAAUCUGUUUGUUUUGACGACCAGCACUCUUAAGUUAAUUUACUCACAAUAAACUUGUAUGACUGUUAAAGUUUCAAUAAUUUUUUGACACAUCCUCAAAUUCUCCGGGGGUUGAUCAUGGUGUUGCACAAAAAGUUCUUCCUUUUUUGCCUUCUCAGAUUGAUAUCCAUGCCAUUGUUUACCACUGUGCAGUGUAUUGUACUGACUAACCUGUUGCUAGACUCUAGCUGUCUGACUUCUGGUCCCCUAAUGUCCCUCUUCUUGAUUGUAGGGUGAAUUUAAAGACGCUGUGCUGUGCACCUCCUGUUUGUUGUUCUCCCUUUUGGUCUAUUUUGGUUUUCUCUGUCUGUUACUCUUUUUCUGUUAUGGUCUGAUGCCACUCCAGUUAUGAGUUACUGUAUUAUACACUUGAAUGUUUCUUCUUUCUUGACAGUCUUUUGUGCCUUUCAUAUUGACCCUCUAUCUGAUUUUGAAUCUUUGGGAAAUAAAACAUUAACUGUUUUCAUA